GCGCUGCCGCCCGGCUGGUGACAGGCUCCCGGCGCGCUGGCCCAUGCUAGUCCCGGCCUUUGUUCUGGGGCCGGUGCCGGGACAUGCGCGGCUGACGAUGGAGGUGGAGGACUCCGGCGGCGUGGUGCUCACCGCCUACCACUCGUACGCGCGCUCCCAGCCCCCCAGCCCCGAGCCGCGCUGCGCGCCCCGGGCCGCCGCCAGCCACCCGCUCAGCAGAAAAUCUAUUCCUCGCUGCCGAAGAAUUAACAGGAUGCUCUCCAACGAAUCCCUGCAUUCGCCUGCAUUCAGCCGCUCCAACUCACAAGCCUCGGUGGACAGCGCCUCCAUGGAGGACUUCUGGCGGGAGAUAGAGAGUAUUAAAGAGAGCAGCCGGGUGGGGCAAGACGAGCAGCCGCCCGCCGAGGCCAAGCCUGUGGAUGAAGGCGAACUUGAAGCAGAGUGGUUGCAAGAUGUGGGUUUGUCAACUCUGAUCUCAGGUGAUGAAGAGGAAGAUGGCAAAGCCUUGCUCUCCACAUUGACUCGAACUCAAGCAGCUGCAGUGAAAAAGAGAUACAACACCUAUACUCAAACCCUGAGGAAGAAGAACAAGAAGUCUGUCCGGGAUGUCAGGGACAUCUUUGGAGCCAGCGAAUCUCCUCCAGGUGAUACCUGUGACAACCAUACUACUCAGCUGGAUGAUACCCAGGAAGAAAAAGAGCUGCCACGAGUUACCAAGACAAGCGGCCCCAUGCCAGAUGGUGCUUCUCCCAACAGUACUACGCUGUCUGAUGCAUCCCAGGAUGAGGAAGGGAGUUUCACCGUCCCCAGCAGUGGCUCCAGGUCUAUACUUGAGAGCAUUCCAGACAUACCAGUUCAUUCCAAUGGAUCAGCAGACCCGGAGCAGUCAGUUCAGAGUCCCGUGAGUGAUGGUGACUAUCUGGAAAAGAACAUUCCACCAGAGGCUGAAGAACUGUCUUUUGAAGUAUCUUAUUCAGAAAUGGUUACAGAGGCUCCAAAAAGACAUAAACUUAAGAAGUCAGAAAUUAAGAAAGAAGACUAUGCUUUAACUAAACUCAUUGUUCAGAAAACCAGAUUUGGCUUAACCGAAGCAAGAGAUCUGUCUGCUGAAGACAUGAAGAAAAUCCGCCACCUCUCUCUGAUUGAACUGACUGCCUUCUUUGAUGCCUUUGGAAUUCAACUGAAAAGAAACAAAACAGAGAAAGUGAAAGGGCGAGACAGUGGGAUUUUUGGAGUUCCACUCACAGUCCUCCUGGAAAAUGACCGCAGGAAAGACCCUGACAUCAAAGUUCCCCUUGUGUUGCAAAAAUUUUUUGAGAAAGUUGAGGAAUCGGGUCUGGAAUCUGAAGGAAUUUUUCGACUUUCAGGAUGUACUGCCAAAGUCAAGCAAUACCGUGAAGAACUGGAUGCCAAGUUUAAUGCUGAUAAAUUUAGAUGGGACAAAAUGUGCCAUAGAGAAGCUGCAGUAAUGUUGAAAGCAUUUUUCCGAGAACUGCCCACAUCUCUCUUCCCUGUGGAAUAUAUACCUGCCUUCAUCGCUCUAAUGGAAAGAGGGCCUCACGUCAAAGUGCAGUUUCAAGCCUUGCACCUCAUGGUCAUGGCGCUGCCUGAUGCCAACAGGGACACAGCCCAGGCCCUCAUGACAUUCUUCAGUAAAGUGAUUGCCAAUGAAUCCAAAAACCGGAUGAGUUUGUGGAACAUUUCUACGGUCAUGGCACCAAACCUCUUCUUCAGUAGAAACAAACAUUCCGAUUACGAAGAAUUACUGUUAGCAAACACUGCAGCCCACAUCAUCCGCCUAAUGCUUAAGUACCAGAAAAUUCUGUGGAAGGUUCCAUCUUUCUUAAUCACUCAAGUGAGAAGGAUGAAUGAAGCCACCAUGUUGUUAAAGAAACAGCUGCCAAGUGUACGGAAGCUGCUCCGGAGGAAGACCAUAGAACGUGAGAUCACAAGCCCCAAGACUUCAAAGGUACUACAAAAAUCACACUCCUCAAGAAGAAUGUCUGACGUGCCGGAGGGAGUCAUACGCGUCCAUGCUCCGCUUCUCUCCAAGGUGUCCAUGGCCAUUCAGCUCACCAGUCAAACCAAAGCCAAAGACAUUCUGGCCAAGUUUCAGUGUGAGAACAGUCAUGGUCCAUCAGACUGUAUUAAGAUUCAGAACCACAGGCUCUAUGAGAUUGGAGGAAAUAUAGGACAGCAUUGCUUGGAUCCCGACGCUUAUAUAUUGGACGUAUAUCAUGUAAAUCCUCAGGCAGAGUGGGUGAUUAAGCCCCAAGCAAGUCUUUGAAACACCCUCACAAUGGCAGCUGUCAUGGAUCGCUCACCCACCGCUCCUCCGUUUAGUGGGGAGAAGACAGCACUGCUUUGGCCUGUUUGUCCCCAAGGCCCUCUCCCUGUUUCUGACCCUUCGUGGUGGCAUCGCCAAUGUGAACUAUGGAAUGGGAACACCGUGGUUCUCCAUUUCAACUGAAGUUUCCUCGUGACAUUUCUUUGAUAAGAGAAAAGGAAAGAGGAUUUGGUCGUUCCAAAAGAAAGGCCAGUCUAGGACAUGGAACUCUAAUCAUUUCUAGUAUUUUGACUUCAUAGCAGAAAUGAACUUGGCCCCAUAUACAUGGGGAUCAGCAACGCUUCUUUCUAUAGCCAAUGCUGUGAACACUAGAGGUGAAAGAGGCCCUUUUUUUAUGCUUAUGUUAUAUGCAUAUAUUGACCUUUUUGAGCAAGAAUGCCAGAAUAGCCUUAACUUCUCCCCUGCAGAACAAUCUGGAUCUGCUUUCCAAAGAGAAUCAGACGGUUUCUAGAAUGAAACGGACGGCAUUUACUCUCUCACUCCUGAACUAGAGGAGCAAGAAUUUCUGUGUAAAGAAAACGGUGUGCAUUAUGCUGUGUUAGGACUAUGCGCGUUCUGCUGCAAAUGGACUUGUCUCUGUCACCCAUUGACAACUGGUAUUUUUAAAAACCUAUUCUCACAGGUCCCUCCAGUGAAGCUCAGUUUGACAAAGGGUCCCUGCGUCCUCCUGACCUCCGCUGCAGUCAGCAUUCACACAGCUUCUAUUUUCUCAUCACGGCUGUGGUGCUCAGUGACUGUCCUUCCAUCUACCAGGCACAGAUGUCCUUUCUAUCAAAUGUGUCAUUUUUUGUGUAUUUCAUAACUGUAGAAUAUUUACUUCUUCAGCCCCAAUUUAAAAAAGCAAAACUGUUUUUAUCCAAGAGUGCUGAAAAAUACUGUUCUAUCCAAGCUUUUGUCCAUAAAUCCACAUGGCUAGCCCCUGUGGAUUAGUGUCUGGCUUUAAAAUCAGAUGCAUAUUGGAUAAGCUGAAACCAGGUCACUGUCAAAGCCUGCAGAGACAUUCUCUAGACCUGCAAUUAGCCAGAACACAUAGCCCUCAUAUUCUAAUGUAGAGCAAAUCCAAAAUGUACUGAGCGAUUGAGACUACAGAUACAGAUAGUUAGAAGUAAGGACAGAGCUCUCAUUUACCCUUUAUGUAUACUUCAGCUUGGAAUCCACAGAUUGAGAUGUCGAUAAAUUUAUGUCACAUUUAAUGAGAUCCAAGGCCCAAAUGAUUCUCUCGUAAUUCAAAUAACAAAGUUGCUCACAAAUCCAGAAUACAUCUUUUGCCUACUUAGCCAGUCUCAAAACAUAAUGUGAUAACAUUUUAAGUCUAUAUGUAGCAAAAAAAUCUCUUCUAUGCUAGAUUAUGCUUUGAUGUCUAUACAAACAUUGCUUAUAUUCAACAUGUAGAUAAUUGUGGUUUUGGCCUCUAGGAGUUUGUUAUAUUUUUUAUAGAAAACACAAAGAUCCAUUUAUUGGAUUUGUUUAUUUGAUUAUUUUUAUUUCUUCGCCUGAAAACUCAUUAAAAGGUUUCUAUUUAUUUCUUACAUUUCAUCACUUCUUAAUAAAUGGCUAAUUGGUGGCAUGUGAGGUUUACAUAAUGAAUUUCUGGAGUCUGAAAAGAAUGAUUUUAUCAUUUUUUCCAUUUAAACAACAUAAACAUUUUACUUUAUGUAGUUGCCAAUCCUAUAUGAUGGCAGUAAUUUAUGCCCAUAUGUGGAAGAAAUUCUUCGAAUAGCCACCUUAUACUUCUAUGUAAAAACCAACGAAUUUUUCUCAUGUAUCAUUUCAUUCAAACAGUAAAAUAUUUUUGCAUUCAUAUCAAAAUUUCAUAGAUCUGUUUCCUUUAUUUGAGGGUUUUUAUUUCUAUUGACUGAAAAUAUGUUAGAAUUUAUUCAUAAGUUCUAAAGGCUUUAAGAUUUACUGCAACUUAUCACCAUUUUCAAAUAAAUGGAUAAUAGGUUACAGGUAAAAAUACAGUUUCUUUUCCACUGACUUAACUGAGUCAGUAACUAUAAUCACUUUGGUUUAUUCAAGAAUGUGUGACAGCUUUCAAAUAACUAUAAAAUAUGGAAGGCUAUGUCAGUACCAAUAUUGGAUGUAACUACUCAGUCAUAGGGGUUACCUAAUUGAUUAGAGAAAAAAAAUUAAUAGACACACAGACUCAUCAGUGUGGUUAAAGAAGCUAUUUUUACUAACUUCAUUCUUAAGAAUAAACAAACUCCUGAAAUAAAAAACUUUAAAUGCCCAUCACCUAGAUGUUGAAUGAAUUUUUGCCUUCUCAAGAUUUAUUUUUUGAAAGUUCGAUAAUCCACAAAAAUGAAUCAUACAUUUGCAAACAGAAGGGCAGAUGCCGUAUUUCCGCAUGCUAUUCUAGAAUUUCUCGUUCUCUCAUCUCUAGUGCUCUUCGUAGACAACUGGGAAAAUAGUGCCUAGGGAAGUAUUGGAGGAAGUAUUCAGAAACAUUUAUUCAUAAAAAGUCCUAGAGCUGGCUCAUUUUUACCUCUGUUCUGCAGAAGAGGACCCCUUUGUUAAGCAGCUCACUUGGGAAUAUGAUUCUUGGAGUCAACACUCCUUGAACAGACUGGAAUACCAACACUUUACAACACAUACACAGUCUAAACUACCUCACUUGCUCUUCUUGGGAAAAAAAAAAAUUAAUAGACUUUAACAAUUUUUGUUACAAACUGUCCCUGAGUCUUAUUUAAGUCAUUUAAGUUAGCUUUCAAUGUACAUUUAAUAAUAUACAUUUAAUGAUGUAAAAUAUUUUUAGCCAAAGCUUCAAAACCAAAAAUACUCCGACACUGUGAUCUGUGGUAUAUAUGCUGAUAGAAUUCACGUCCCUUAGUCGUUGUGAUGUGUUUCUAACCAUGUGGAGAUGCAGGUUUUUAGGAGUAGAAAUUAAAACUCAUCUUCUCAUUUGGGUAUUUCCCACUGCUGUCCAUGUGAUUCACUUGACUGGAAAGUCACAUGAGGUUAAAAUGUCCCUUCUUCCUAGCAGGCAUAUUUCAACUGUUCUUCACAAACGGUUCACUUGCCUUAACAGACUAUAUGUUGUGGGAUUAGAUAAUUCCUCUGAUAGGCAGUUUUUAACUGCUUGCUGUAAAAUGUCACUUAAUAAAAAAUAAUGACAUGAAAUUCAAAUGUUUCUUCAAGCAUUUUCAACAGUUUGACACACACAUAAUUUAAAAUUAACAGCGUUUUCCAACUAUUUGUUUAAACUAAUUUGAUUGAAAAAUCAUGUUACUAGAAAAUGUCAUUGUUUUAUGUUUUAUCCAGUCUCAAAAGUUAAUAUUGGUCGGUCUGUCCCAUCAUCUUGUAUUGUUAAGUAGAAUAUGUAUGUUGCAUUUUAUCCAUAAAAAUAAAGAGAAA